GUAAAGUGGCUGUUCCACUGGAUGUCUUAAGGUGAACGCACCAAUUUGUAAGUCGCUCUGGAUAAGAGCGUCUGCUAAAUGACUUAAAUGUAAAUGUAAAUGUAAAAUAGUAAAAAUAAAGAAAAACUCUUGAAUGAGAAGGUGUCCAAACUUUUGACUGGUACUGUAGAUUGGUACCCACUCUCUCCAGCGUAGGCCAUCGCCACCCAUGUACCCCUCAUUGGCUGUGGUGAACGUUUGGCGUGAGUGUCACUGUUUACCACUCCGCCUCUCCACGGAAUACCUGGUGGCCUCUGAACAAUAGAGACAGAGAAUGUUGGUGUGUGUCAGCGUGCGUGUGACCGAGAAAGGGAGGGUGUACUAGGUAGACCGGUGACUCACUAAUACCGACACUCCUUAAUCCAUGUAGUUUGGCCGUAUUUAGAGGUUGAUGAGGAAGGAUAGGUGUUGCCAUAACAGACUGAUAGAGGUGAGGAGGGUUACACAGGAGAGACAAGCCGGUUCAGAGCGACUGGGUUCAUCUGAGAGAAGGAAGGAGAAGACACACAGGGAUACAGACAGAACCCAGCAACCCGUUCCAACAAACUCCUACCUGGCUAUGACUGACGUCCUCCCCGGCAGCCAUGCCAGAACUCCAGAGCCAGAGCUCCGCCUGGUCCUCCUAGGGACCAUCGGCUGUGGCAAGACCCUGUCAGGAGACACCCUCCUGGGCCAGUCCUCCUCCGGCUCUCCUUCCUCCUCUGGUUCUUCCCCCAGGCUUUGCCAGGUGAGGCCUGGGGCCUCCGAGGGCCGGAGGUUGACUGUGGUGGAGGCCCCUCGCUGGUACUGGAGCGGGGGCCACAUGGAGGCUGGGGUGAGGAAGGAGACAGAGAGGGUACUUGAGCUGGCUGCCCCGGGGCCACACGCCUUCCUGCUGCUGGUUCCUGUCGGCCAGUUCACCGAGGUGGAGCACAGAGUGCCCGCUGAGCUGGAGGAGGUGUUUGGGGAGGGGGUGUUGAAACACACCCUGGUGCUGUUCACCUGUGGAGACUACCUGAUGGGCCAGGGGGCGGGGCAGUACCUGGAGGGAGAGGACCCUGGGCUCAGGGAGGUGAUUGACAGGUGUGGGGGCCAAUACCACGUCCUCAACAACCGCCGACCGCAGGACAGGGAGCAGGUCAGGGAGCUGCUGGAGAAGGUGGAGAACAUGGUACAAAAGAACAGAGGAUGCUACAUACGACAAAACACCCUGCAGAGAGAGAUGGAAGAACAAGCGAGGGGGAGAGAGAGAGAACUGAAGGAGAAGGUGGAAGAACAAGCGAGGGGGAGAGAGAGGGAACUGAAGGAGAAGGUGGAAGAACAAGCGAGGGGGAGAGAGAGGGAACUGAAGGAGAAGGUGGAAGAACAAGCGAGGGGGAGAGAGAGAGAACUGAAAGAGAAGGUGGAAGAACAAGCGAGGGCGAGAGAGAGAGAACUGAAAGAGAAGGUGGAAGAACAAGUGAGGGAGAGAGAGAGGGAACUGAAGAGGUACAAAGUGGAGGAGAAAGAGACUGUGCUGGAAUCUAGACACGUCACAAACACAGAGACACGCAGAUAUUGUGGAAGCCAGAAAAGAGAGGUUACACCUAACUCUGCUAUAGAGAGGAGAAGAGAGGAAGAGAGGGAAGAGAUCAAGAGAGGGGAAGAGAGUGAGGAGAUGGAAAACUGGAAGGAAGAGAGGGAUGAGAUAAUGAAGAGCAGGAAAGAGAAGGAAGAGAUGGAGAGAAAAAUAGAGGAAGAGUGGGAGAAGAGAAGAAAAGAUGAGAUGGAGAAGAGAAGGAAGAGAAGGGGGAGAGAGAGGGAACUGAAGGAGAAGGUGGAAGAACAAGCGAGGGAGAGAGAGAGAGAACUGAAGGAGAAGGUGGAAGAACAAGCGAGGGGGAGAGAGAGGGAACUGAAGGGGAAGGUGGAAGAACAAGCAAGGGGGAGAGAGAGGGAACUGAAGGAGAAGGUGGAAGAACAAGUGAGGGGGAGAGAGAGGGAACUGAAGGAGAAGGUGGAAGAACAAGCGAAGGGGGGGAGAGAGAGGGAACUGAAGGAGAAGGUGGAAGAACAAGCGAGGGGGAGAGAGAGGGAACUGAAGGAGAAGGUGGAAGAACAAGCGAGGGGGAGAGAGAGGGAACUGAAGGAGAAGGUGGAAGAACAAGCGAGGGGGAGAGAGAGGGAAUUGAAGGAGAAGGUGGAAGAACAAGUGAUGGGGAGAGAGAGGGAACUGAAGGAGAAGGUGGAAGAACAAGCGAGGGAGAGAGAGAGAGAACUGAAGGAGAAGGUGGAAGAACAAGCGAGGGGGAGAGAGAGGGAACUGGAAUCUAGACACGUCACCAACACAGAGACACGCAGAUAUUGGGGAAACAGGAAAAGAGAGGUUACACCUAACUCUGCUGUAGAGAGGACAAGAGAGGACGAGAGGGAAGAGAUCAAGAGGAGAAGGGAAGAGAUGGAGAGGAAAAGAGAAGAAGAGAUUGAGAGGAGAAGAAGGGAAGAGGGGGAAGAUAUGGAAGAGAAAGUGACUGUGAAACCCUUGGUUAACUGUCUUCAAUCAACACCAGCACAACAGCAGCAGCCAAAAAAGCCCCAGAAUGGUGGUCCAGCACUGUUCACAAGGAUCCCUAGUUUCCAUCUGACUGAAGAGGGCGCUAUACUCUCACAGCUGUCCGAAAUCGACGCAAAACCAGCCCAGAAAGUUGUUAAUACCUUCUGCCACAGAAUCAACAGCAUUGGAGAGAAGACAACCACCUCCUCCUCCUCCUACACCUCCUCCUCCUCCUCCCAGUCAGAGUUGCGUGUGGUUCUGCUGGGUAGGUCAGGGUCAGGGAAGAGUGCAGCAGGUAAUAUCAUACUGGGGCGGGAGGAGUUUGUGUCUCGACCAGACAUUACCACAGCCGUCACUCAGGACUGUCAGAAGAGCAGGGCCCUCGUUGCCGGGAGACGGGUGGCAGUGGUGGACACUCCAGACUGGUUCCGCUCCGAGCACCCUCCCGAUGUGGUCCGUUCCCAGCUGUCGUCCUGUGUGGCCCUCUCGGCCCCUGGCCCCCACGCCUUCAUCCUCUGUGUCCCCGUAGACCAACCAGCCCAGGCAGAGCUACAGGCUCUAGGGGCCCUAGAGAAAGUCUUUGGUCCCGGGGCGGUCCGGACCCACACCCUGGUCCUCUUCACUCACUCUGAUAGGUUGAAAGAGAGCGGGAAAGUGGGAGUGGAAGGAGUGGAGAAGUAUAUCUCCAGCCAGAGGAGAGAUUUGUUAGAGUUGGUUAAACGAUGUGGGGAUCGGUAUCAUGUGAUGGAGAGAGGGAGCGGAGGAGAAGAGGAGGAGGAGAGGAAGAGGAGGAGUGUGGGGGAGUUAUUGGAGAAGGUGGAGCAGACGGUGAGAGAGGGAGGAGGAGAGUGUUUCUCCUGUCCGCUCUUCCAGGAGGCGGAGGAUAGGGUGAGACAGAGACAGGAGGAGAUAGUGAGGGAGAGGAGGGGAAGAGGAGAGGAGGUGAAGAGACAAGCGCUUCAUUCCUACUCUAUGCAGCCCUUGAGAGAGACAGAGGAAGAUGAGGAGGAGAACGAGAGAACAAGAGAGGAGGCGGAGAAGAGUGUGAGCGCCCUGGAAUUGGAAAAUCUUCCCUCGCUCUCGUUCUCUUCUGCAUGGUAUUCGUCGCUCCUUCGUUCGGUGUGGGAGAAGGUGGGGGCGGGAGCGAAUAAGGUCCCCAAGCUGACGGCUGGAGGUGCGCUGCUGGGUGGGGUGGUGGGCGUGUUCUUUGGAGGGCCCAUAGGGGGAGCUAUAGGGGCCACUGCUGGAUCUGUGGUCAUUGAGGUGGGGAGAAGGAGGUUUAGCCAGACAAAGAACUCAGCAGAAGAGACAGAUGCCACAGGGAGAAUAGAAGGAGAAAUCUUGGACAAGGUGUUAAAAACCGAGUGAGAGAGUCAGAUCCACACACGUUGAUAUGGAUGUACAGUACAGCAUGUUAUGAGAGAUUAUUUGAUAGGUUUCUACCUAUGAUAUAUAUCCACCUGUGACCGCGCAGACGUUGUAUAUAUCUGUGAUUAUAAACUGGGUUGGUCGAGCCCUGAAUGAUGAUUGGCUGACAGCCGUGGUAUAUCAGACAGUAUACCACGGGUAUGACAAACAUUUAUUUUUACUGCUCUAAUUACAUUGGUAACCAGUUGAUAAUAGCAAUAAGGCACCUCGGGGGUUUGUAAUAUAUGGCCAAUAUACCAUGGCUAUAUACCACAUUGCGUCGUGCCUAAGAACAGCCCUUAGCCGUGGUAUAUUUUCCAUAUACCACACCCCCUCGGGCCUUAUUUCUUAAACAUAAUGUUGGUAAUAUUGUAUAUCUGUGAACAUAAUGUUGGUAACAUUGUACAACAUAUACUGAUGUUUAAGUUGUUUUGCGGCAAAUACCGGUUCUCAUUGACUACUUCAAUGUUCUGUUGUAUUUCUUUUCCAGCUAUUACAAUUAUGACUUGUUAAAUAA